CCUUACGUUGACGAUGUUAUCAUCUUGGCCAGAGAUGAAGAGGAAGCUGUUAAGAAUCUAAAAGAGGUCCUCUCGAGUCUACUCACAAAGACUAUAAGCAUAUUCUGGCAGUCAUAGAUGCAUUUACGAAGUUCUGCUGGUUAUACCCAACCAAAUCGACGACUAGCAAUGAAGUUAUUACGAAGCUGACGAUUCAAAGCACGAUUUUUGGCAACCCUGCGUUUAUUAUCUCGGAUCGGGGUUCCGCCUUUACAUCCCAAGAUUUUCUGAAGUACUGCGACAACGAGGGUAUCAAACACGUUAAGACGACUACAGCACUUCCGAGAGUAAACGGCCAAGUGGAACGUUUAAAUGCGAUCAUCAUUCCUGUUCUGUCGAAGUUGAGCGUUGAUGAUCCGACGAAGUGGUAUCGACAUGUUAGCAAAGUUCAGCAGGCUAUCAAUUCGACGUACACCAGAAGUAUUGGCACUUCUCCAUUUGAGUUACUAACUGGUGUAAAGAUGAGGACCAACGCUGACCAUAAACUGAGAGAUCUUAUCGACCAAGAGACGAAGGCAAUAUUUACAGACGAAAGAAGCGAGCUCCGUGCCAAGGCGAAGGCACACAUCUCCAAGAUCCAAGACGAAAACAAGAAGUACUACAACCUACGUCGUAAGCAAGCUCGAUCUUAUAGUGUUGACGACCUGGUUGCAAUUAAGAGGACGCAAUUUGGCAGUGGUCUCAAACUAAAACCAAAAUACUUUGGACCCUACCAAGUUAAGAAGGUGAAGCACAACAACGCAUACGAUGUCGAAAAGGUAGGCAAGUGCGAAGGGCCUAAAGUGACGUCCACAUGUGCAGAGUACAUGAAGCCCUGGAGCCCAAACCGAGACGAUGAAGAAGAUGACCCAGCAUUCGGGUCGAAUGCGUAAUCAGAAUGGCCGAAUGUGGGAUGUGCAUUUGCGAAGUGUAUCAAUCCCACUGUACACGAGAGACGAGACGACGAUCAAGAGAGAACGUGAGCGUGUGAGAAAAGACGAUCAAGAGGGAUGACAAACGAAUGAGAGAUGACGACGGGAGAGUUGGUUUUUGCGCGUCAAACAAGACGGACGUGUUUUGAGGUCUUGCGUCAUAGUCGGAUGCAAGGUCAAGUCGAGUACCAUAGACGGGUGCUAAAAGUCGUGUGUCAAAGUCGGACACUUAAAGUCGAGCGCCAAAGUCGGGCGCGAAAAGUCGAAGCGUCGUAGACGGACGCCAAAGUUGAGCCGAGCCAAACGUCGAUUGUCAUUUCACAUAGUGUAAUCUCUAUAAAGUCGUAUUUUCAUGUAAACCCCCUAGACUAUAAUUAUAUCGUUAAAUAAAA